GAGUUGGUGCACCGAUAUAAUCGAGGGUGCAUUGCCCCCUCACGUCUCGCUGUUUUGAACGCCCCCACGAAUCAUCGGGCGCUGCCCUUUCACUGAAGGCGCGCUCCCCGCCACAAUACACACCUGCCUGCAUAAGCGCUGAAUCACCACCCCCAGGCUUCGCUCGCCAGGCCCCCAGGGAUAGACAGAAGCACCCAAAAUUCCCGCCGUCUCCCUCGUCAAAUUCGCAAUCAUCAACUCCAUUUCCCCCGCGUGUCCGGAGUCACCAUUUCCUACCAUGGCGAGCAGUUCCGACGUCAAGUCGGUCUCGUCGCGGAGCACGUCGCAGCCGUCGUCUAUCAGAUCGCUUGAGCCACCUACGCCACAAACCAAGCUCGCCGCCGUCCAGGAUGGACAACCCGUGCAACCCGCCGAACUUCUGCCGAGACCAGCUGCCGAGCGAGCUUCGGUCAAGGAACGCUUAACUCGCAUGUUCAGUACCAAAGACGCGUCCUCACGCACCGCUUCCGAGACAGGUGCCCUUACCUCCCAUGUCAAGAAGCCUCUUCCCGACUCUAGGACCGUCACUCCGGUCCAGAGCCAGACUGUCCCGCCGCCCAAGCCCGGCGUCCCUCAGCGCAAAGCCUCCUCCUCCGAAAAGGGCGCAGAGAAACCCCCUUCCGUCGGUGGUAAACCCAAGACCAACGGAAAGGAUGUCCUCAUGCAGCGCUUCGUGGUCAGCUCUGACAUGCAGGGCGGUCACGAGCACCACCUGAAGUCGAGCCAUCGCCAGGAGAAGCUGACCGAUCUGUUCAAGGCCCUUCUGGGCAAGAAGACGGAACAGGUGGCAGACCAUGACCUGUCACUCGUCUCGAGCUGGGUCGACACCCUCAAGCAGGAGAAGGAAGGCCUUGUCACCACGGACAAGAAAAGUGGCGCGAACACAUCGGCAACCCUGGUGCAGAAGUAUGGUAAAUGCCAAGAGAUCGUCGGACGGGGUGCCUUCGGAAUUGUGAGGAUAUCUCACAAGAAGAUGGAGAAUGGCGUGGGCGAGAAACUCUACGCCGUCAAGGAGUUCCGCCGACGACCCGAGGAGACGGAGAAGAAGUACAGCAAGCGCCUGACUGCCGAGUUCUGCAUCUCCUCGUCGUUGAGGCACCCAAACGUCAUCCAUACCCUGGACCUGCUCAAGGACUCGAAGGGCGAUUACUGCGAGGUCAUGGAGUUUUGCGCUGGCGGCGAUCUGUACACCCUCGUCCUCGCCGCUGGAAAGCUGGAAGUCCAGGAGGCGGACUGCCUCUUCAAGCAGAUGAUGCGCGGCGUCGAGUACAUGCACGAGAUGGGUGUCGCCCACCGCGACUUGAAGCCUGAGAACCUGCUCCUGACGACUCACGGUGGCCUCAAAAUCACCGAUUUCGGUAACGGCGAGUGCUUCCGAAUGGCGUGGGAGAACGAUGCCCACAUGGUGUCGGGCCUGUGCGGCUCUGCGCCCUACAUUGCUCCUGAGGAGUACGUCGACAAGGAGUUCGAUGCCCGUGCCGUCGAUGUCUGGGCAUGUGGCGUCAUAUAUAUGGCCAUGAGGACGGGCCGGCACCUCUGGCGCCUAGCCAAGAAAGAAGAGGAUGAGUUCUAUGCCCGUUACCUGGAGGGGAGACGGGAUGAGGAGGGAUACGGUCCGAUCGAGUCCUUGCACAGGGCUCGAUGCAGAAACGUCAUCUACUCGAUUCUCGACCCGAACCCGUCAAGGCGCAUCACUGCCUCACAAGUCCUGAAGUCUGAAUGGGGUCGUGAGAUAAAACUUUGCAAGGCGGGCGAGGAGGGGCUUUAACCCAUGCUCCGCCAGGUGUAAUGUGGUGGUCACUCUUCGCACCACCACCAUACCUGGCGGAACUUCAGCCGACGGGACUCUUGGCAUCUAGUCCACCCCCCCUC